CACCAAACACCAGAGAUUUGGAUGUUUUUCUUCGGAAACAGGAAUCCGGGUUUGGCUUCCGGGUCCUGGGCGGAGAUGGGCCUGACCAGUCCAUAUACAUUGGGGCCAUCAUUCCCCUGGGAGCUGCUGAGAAAGAUGGCCGGCUCCGUGCUGCAGAUGAGCUGAUGUGCAUUGAUGGGAUUCCUGUCAGAGGGAAGUCACACAAACAGGUCUUGGACCUCAUGACCACCGCAGCACGGAAUGGCCAUGUGCUACUGACUGUCAGAAGAAAGAUCUUCUGUGAAG